AUGUCCAAACUCAGCUAUGAGCAUAACCCCCUUAAGAGUCAAUACGACGGUCGACUCUGGUACCAAUUACUUGAUUCCAAGGCUGAGCAGUAUCCCGACAUUGAAGCAGUUAUCAUGUAUGACAUGGACUUGAAUAGAUCGGUCAUGACAUUUGCUGAAUACCGAGACAGGUCAAUCCUCUUGGCAACAUCUCUUCUCAACGUUGGAUUGUCACGUGGCCAACGCGUGCUGAUGAUAGGUCGAACUAGUCUACCCUUUAUGGUAUUUUCCAUGGCUUUAAACCGCAUCGGUUGUAACGAGAUUUUGCUGGGGCCAGGAAUGCUUACACCAGACAAAGUAGAAUUGCUCAAGACCAUCAACUGUCAACUCAUAGCUUACGACUCGAGGAUGAAUGAAUUCCAGAAGAAACAGUUGUUAGAAGGAAUCAAACAGCUAACUCAACACAAUGUUGAUAACCAAAUUAAAAAGCAAGUUUUGGUUUCUUUAAGCUCCGUGACCGAGGAAGUAUUGAAUGAUGAGUACCAUUCGUACGAGAGCCUCCUUGUAGGUGGUCAGUCCCAAAGUCUGCAGAAACUACAAGACGCUCAAAACGAAGUUCAAUUUGAUGACCCUAUCGUUACCAUGAUCACUUCUGGCAGUACCGGCGUACCAAAAAUAGUACAGUAUACCUCGCACUCAAUCCUGAACUAUUAUGCUGGCUCUCCUUUCUUUUUAGCUCAUAUACCACGAGAAACUAUGUAUAUAGAUCGGCCAUUUUCCUGGGCUGCUGGCUAUAUUUUUUGUCAAUCAGUUCUAUGCUCUAAUACAACACUAGUGUGGGUGCCAACCGAAAGAGCUGUUUCCGAGACAAGUGGAAAUUCUGUUUUUGAGAUAUGGGAGAAAGAAAAAUGCACUUUUUGUUCACUUAGCAUUUCUUUGAUCUACAAAUUGUUUGCUGACAAGUUGUAUUUGCAAUACAACCUAAGCCAAAUUAAGUGCUUUACUCUAACGGGGCAACGUUUUAGUCUCGAACAUUUCGCAAAAGUAUUCGAAAUGUUUCCUAAUGCAGACGUUAUGCUACUCUAUGGGUGCACAGAGUGCCCUAAGAUUGCACAAGAGAUUUUUGGAAAGGGUUGGCUAGUAGAGGGAAAGUUAGGCAAAUUGUCUCUAUCUUCUGGAUCGGAAAUAAAGGUUGUUGACACGAAGGAAAAAAUUGUUCCCAGGGGAAUGUCAGGAGAAAUCUGUGUUCGAAACUCUACAGUGUUUUUGGAGUACUUAGACAACCCUGAAGCGACAAAGCAGAACAAAUCUCCGACCGGUUGGUUUCACACUGGCGAUAUCGGUAUCAUGUACGACGAUGGCAAGAUCGAGGUGCUCGGAAGGGAAAAAGAAAUAAUCAAAGGAGCCUAUGAUAAGGUUUUUCCUGCUGAAAUCGAGAAAGUGCUGCUAAAACAUCCAUCGGUCGCCGAUGUUUGUGUUGUAGGUGUCCCUGAUCACCGGCUGCACGAGGAAAUAUGCGCAUGCGUGGUGCUUAAAGAGACGGAGGAGCAGUCAUGUGACGAGAAAAUAAAAAAAGAGCUACAGGAUUGGUGCAAAGAACAAUGGCCACCUGGACCAGAUGGAAUGAGUUUAACUCCAAAGUAUUUUCUUGCAAUGAAAUCAUUUCCUUUCACGGCGACAGGGAAGGUUUUCAGAAGAGAAAUAAAGGCUGAAGCAAUAAAAUGUCUUAGUCUGUAA